AUGUCAUUACAGGCUCCAGGUAUCCUACCCACCGUGGACGAGCUGAACUUCUUGGAGCGGUGCAAAACCGACUCGGACGCAGCUCGUCCAGGAGAGUCGCAUGGGAAGACGACUUUUGAUGCCCUGCGGGAAGGAACACCUGUAUCCAUGACUGCCCAGUUCCAGCGCACAAGCGGGAUGGCGGCAAUGAAAUUUACCGUCCAACGCUUCGGGGGAGAGAUGCAGACCCACGUGCGCAAACCACGCUGGUCGAUCCAAGAAUUGUUCCAUCCUUUUUAG